UGUUAUGGUAACCACCACAUGCUUUGGACUUCAUCUGCUAGAAACCCCAGCCAUCAGGAUCAAUAGUCAAAGAUUCAUGGAACUAAAGUCUGAAACACCUGGAGAACCGAGGCUGGGAGUCUAAUCUAUUGGAAGAAAUGAUGUGAGGUUGUCUUUUGUUGAAUUUUCGGAGAAAUGAAAAUGAUCUCAGUAAACAGAUUCGCCUUAUUUACUUUCACCACAUGCUUGUUUUUAACCUCAAAAACUCUUUCCCUCGGUGAUCCAGUCAUAAAAGACUAUCGAGGCGAAGAAUACUACGAUGAUAAUCGCAACUACAUUGAGGCUGGCGGAGCACUUACAGAAGAAAAGCUGAGGAGUAUGGAUCUUGAAUCUAUGAAUGACUGGGAGCUGAAUAAAAUCAUUAGGAGGACAACGCCAGAAAUGAAGAAGAUGGCACAUGCAGCCGUUAACUUGCCACUGAGGUUUGGCAGAAAAGUCAGAGAGGAAAGAAGCAUAAAACCCGCAGCCAACUUGCCACUCAGAUUUGGAAGGGCACCUUUGGGAAGACUUCGGAGGCAUGUCCUUCCUUUUUCACACAGAUUUGAGAGAGCUCCCGAUGUUCAAAGCCUUUCCCGUUCUCUUGCCAAUUUGCCACAAAGAUUUGGACGAUCGCUUCUCUUCGGCCUUCCUCAAGAGACCCAAGAUUCCGAUCAAGACAAAAAUAAGUUCGGCAGUUUAAAAAACUCUAUGAGAAGCGAAUCCAAUGACGAAGAAGCAAAUCACUAAAAGAGCUUGGAUUAAUUUCCUUUGUAGAGAAUUAUUGUGGAAUUGCAACAAAAAAAUAAGAGACCAGGGUUAAAACAUCCCUGCCUUCAAAAGAUGGUUUCCAUUAUAAAGCUUUUGUUCUAAAACAAGCACUUGAGGGUCACUCAAUAUUCUUAUUAUACUCAUUUAUUCCCAUACUAUAUUCUGAUCUCAGCUUGACUCUGUAUAGUUGAUGUCUCAUCAAUUGAAAAAAAAAAAACAUGUGGGGAUGGGAGUAUUGUCAGGUAUGUGGAAGCAAUGUAUGCAAAAUAAAAAAAAUGUAAUUAUA